AAGGGUGACAGGGCAAGUGGAGUGAAUCAACGUAGAACAACGGCAUUAGCGCGUGAAGUAGAGAUGAUUUGAAGCAUUGAGAUGAGGUUGGGAGUCGGGUGUCAUGCGAUACACGAGCGCUUGUACAGAUUCAUGAACCUUCUUCUACUUUCAAUCUUUGCGACUCUCAUCUCCAUCAAAUCCAGAUAUUUACCCUCUCCGCUCACUUUGGCGCUUUCUUGGAUUCCUUACUCCCAACAUAUCUAAUUUCUCUCUUUCACACACACACACACACACACACAUACACAGAGUCUAUAUACGAGGUAUCACUUUUGGGCUUUCAGAUUCAUCUCAUAUUGUAUGCUUGUUCAUAAAGAUAGUGUGCUUGUUCAACAUUCUUCAUUCAGUGAGCAUCCAGAAUUCCCUAAUUCCUAGGUUUUUCUUGUGCAUUUUUUAUUUGGUGGGGUGGGGUAAAACUUUAUUCUUUAUCCUUUUCUUCCCCAAAUAAUAGGGUUUUAAUUACUUCGGAUGUGGGGUUCCCUAAAAAGUAAUUCUUGCUUUAGCCUCGGGCUAACUCACGGAAUUCAUUAAAUUGAACCGGGUUUAUGUAAGAUUUCAGGUAUGUGUGGUUUCUGUAGCUCUUGAUAUCUAAAUUUAGUUCAGAGAAUUGGGGUUUGAGCUAUUGUUUUUUUGCCCAACUUUUUGGUGGAGAUUUUGCUAUUCAAUCCUUUUAGGCUUGUGAUUUUUGUGUCCUUUUUUUUGAGAUGGGGAGUAAGUUUUGGUUGAAGGAUGAGGAUAAGGCUGUGGUGGAAAGGGUAGUGGGCAAUGAAGCAGCUGAAUAUCUUGCUUGGUUGGCCUCGAACAACGUGCUGUUGGAAUUUUCUCCAUCCUGUGGGGAUCUAGGGGUGCAGCAAGCACUGGUCAAGAUUGUUGAGGGAUCAGAUUGGACAUAUGCAAUAUAUUGGCAUGUUUCUAAAUCUAAGUCUGGUAGGUCUGCCUUGAUAUGGGGCGACGGUCAUUGUAGGGAGCCAAAGGAAGGUGAGGGCGAGGAUGGUAAUGUCUCCAAGAAUGAGAAAUCAGUGGAUGGAGAUGGUAGAAGAUGGGUGCUGCACAAGAUUCAUGCUUGCUUGGGGGGAUCAGAGGAAGACAAUGUUGCUGCUAAGUUGGAAAAGGUUUCGGAUGUGGAGAUGUUCUAUCUCACAUCGAUGUAUCUUGCCUUUCCCUUUGAUAAACCUUCCAUUCCCUCUCAGUCAUUCAACUCUGGUCGGUCUAUUUGGGUUUCUGAUGCGAAAAGCUGUUUAGAACGUUAUGAGUCGAGGUCAUAUUUGGCAAAGUUGGCUUGUUUGGAGACAGUGGUGUUUGUUCCAACAAAGUCCGGGGUGGUGGAGAUUGGCUCCAGGAGUUCUAUACCUGAGGAUAGGAGUGUUAUUCAAUCAGCAAAAUCUAUAGUUGUGAAACCGAGUUUAGCCGCACAGGCAAAAGCUGCUCCAAAGAUUUUUGGUCAGGAACUGAGUGUUGGGAGGUCAGGAUCAGGACCAAUUAGUAUUAGCUUCUCUCCGAAGGUGGAAGAUGAUUCUGUCUAUUCUGUGGAAUCAUAUGAUUUGCAGACACUACUAGGUGGUGCUCAAAUGUACGGAAACUCAUCAAAUGGGCACAGAAAUGAUGAUAGUGAUGUGAAACUAUUGUCACAAUCCAUUAUUUCUAACACUGAGCAAGCUAGGGAUGAUUCAUUUCUCAUCUCUGAUGAGCGAAAGCCCAGAAAACGGGGUAGGAAGCCAGCAAAUGGUAGGGAAGAACCAUUGAAUCAUGUGGAAGCAGAAAGGCAGAGACGUGAGAAGCUCAAUCAACGUUUUUAUGCAUUGAGAGCAGUAGUUCCAAAUAUCUCCAAGAUGGACAAAGCAUCUCUGCUCGGUGAUGCAAUUGCCUAUAUUGCAGAUCUUCAGACGAAGAUAAGGAUAAUGGAAACAGAAAAGGGGAUUUUGAAUGGAAAUGAGUAUCACUGCACUAUACAAGAUAUUGAGUUUCAAGAAAGGCAUGAAGAUGCAGUUGUCCGCGUAAGUUGCCCUCUGGACUCUCACCCUGUAUCUGGGGUUAUAAAGGAAUUGAAAGAGCAUCAAGUUUCGACACAAGAAUCCACCAUUUCCUUAACUGAGCAUGGUGAAGUCAUCCACACGUUCUCCAUACACACUCAGGAUGGUGCUGCUCAACACUUGAAGGAUAAGUUGGCUGCUGCCCUCUUAAAUUGAUUUUCAAUACUUUGUAUGGCACGGCCUUCAGAAUUCUUUUGGCAAUGGAGGUUGGUGAUGAGCUUCUGGCUGGGAAGUUUUUCACAGUAGCGAUCAAUCUGUUUUGUUGUGAGUCUUGCAUUCAGUGAGAUUUUGAUUGCUGAGUGCUGUUCGCAGUUGAAUUUAUAUCCUCUUAGCAGCAAUACCGAACUCAAAACUUUGCUUUGGAGGAGGGGGGGGAGGAUAUGCUGUUGCCCGGCUGCGCUGGCCGAUGCUGGUAGUGCAUGUCCUUCCCUUGCUGGGGACCCAUGAGCAGGGGUUUGGGCCCGGUGGUGGAAUAGAACGAUGCUGCAACAACGGCUGUAGGAGUUGGCAACAGGAAUUGCUCGGAGACGAAUAGGUGUACCAGAUGAUGCAUUGGAGGACGAUUAGCUGGACCACGAGGCUGGAUGCUAAGUCGAUCGGAUUAUUCGAUGAUAAGAUAUUGGUCAUACACUCAAAGUUUGUGGGAAAAAAACCAGAAUGUGCCUUUAGUGAUUGGUAAACCGAAUACUCAUUGCAGCUCAGUUUCAGUGAAAUUGUCUGAUCGAUCACCUUGUUGGACGACCUCACAUAUAUUUCGUUAAAAUUAACAUAGUUUAUUUUGAGAUUGUACUUGUUAGUU